UGUGUACAGACUUUCAAUAAAAUCUCGCAUACCCGAUACUCUUCGCUCAGUUUCUAGAAGGAGUGGAUUUAUGUUGCGCGAUUUUUGUAUCGUGCGCGCUUGAUGGAUUUUGCAAAAGAUUCCACUUUGUAAAUCUCGGUGAUGUAGUUGAAGUGUCGUGAGUGUAUAUACGCGCGCGCGCGAAUACUCGCGCUAAAAACUUCCAUUCGUUGCCGUUGUACAGUAUUUUGUGAAGUUUUUCAAUUAUGCAGGAAAACGAGAAGACCGGCAAGGCCGAGUCGUGGACAAAGGAGCGCGAGAACGACGCAAAAAACAAUCACGAGGAUCGAGAAAUCCUCGGUAGAAAGAAAACCGAUGUCGUGCUAGAAGAGGAUCUGAGAAUUCUCAAAGACGAUAUGCCGGAAGAGUUCACAAACGAUCAGAAGCUCCUGGACGACGAGCAGAUUCGUCUGGAUUUGAGCGAACCGUCGCCGGAUGUGAUGGAGUACGCCAGGAGGGAACUCGGUGAGACCGAGGAGGUCAAGUGUCAAAUGCUGCAGGAGCUACGCGACAUGAUCUACGAGAGAGGCGAAUGUCUGCCGCACAGAAUGGACGACGAAUUUCUUAUCAGAUUUUUACGCGCCAGGAACUUCAACGUCAAGUGGACACAUAGGCUGAUAGCGAAUUACUACACCUUCAAAGAGGAACAUCCGGAGCUGCAUCAGCAAUUAGGCCUGUCGCAAAUGAGAGCCAUCGGCGAGGACGACGUGAUCACAGUGCCACCUUACAGAACCGCAUGCGGCAGACGAAUGCUGAUCUACCGUAUAGGCAAUUGGGAUCCGCGCAAAUAUCCAGUCGAAGAACUUUUCAAGGCCACGAUCUGCGUUCUCGAGGUGGGCAUUCUCGAGCCCAGAGCCCAGAUUCUGGGCGGCAUUGUUAUUUUUGAUCUCAAGGACAUCACCAUGGCGCACGCGUGGCAAGUAACGCCUCAGGUGGCGAGCUUGGUGUUGUCUCUGAUGGUGACGUCGUUUCCCAUGAAGACGCACUCGUUACACAUUCUCCAUCAGUCGUGGAUAUUCGACGCGAUGUUCGCGGUUUUCAAGCCGCUCAUUGACACCAACAUGCGCAACAAGAUAUUCUUCCACGGCAACAAUUACGACAGUUUCCACGAGCACAUCGCGCCCGAGUACUUGCCGAAAAUGUACGGCGGCGUGAGAAACGAGGUGCCCUACGACAAGUGGAUCACGUCUCUGAUCAAGGAUCCAAAGGUGGUCGAACAGAUGGACAAGAUGGGAUAUAUCCUAACUGACGAGAUUCUCGACAACUUCAAGGAGUGAAAAAAAAUCACAUUAUCGUUCCGACAAUUCGGGGGCUAUUCGAAAAUGCGCGUAAAUUUUCCCUUUCUGCGACACGUCGCUGCGAUCAUUACUUAGCGAUUAUUAUUUAGCGAUUGUUAUUUAGCGAUCAUCAGCCUGCAUUGUCCUUGCUGUCAUUAUAGCGUCCGCCUAUUUUCUACUUCGUUCUGCUAUCUUAUCGAACAUACAGCAUUAUCCCAAUGAGCUUUGCACAUUUAUCGAUCAAUUGUUAGAAGUCGAUAGUGAACACUUGAUUACAAACGUAUUCCACGUAUUGUUUGAAAUUUUUAUGCUAUUUAUAUUGCGUUAUAUGUGUAUCUUUUGAUAAUUAAGAAGCUAAAAACUAAAUAAAAGUUUUUUUGCGUAAUAA